AUGCGGUGGUGCGGGUCGUGCACUUACUGUGGAGCCGCACGCGUCCACCAGCCCAAUGGCGCCGCACUGCACACUCCGCCACAGCACCACUCCACCGCUGUGCUUCACAGAGCACCGCUACAAUUAAAGAAAAAAACAACGUUUAAGCAACAGGUGGCACACAACCCCGUAGAAAAAGAAGCCGAAGCCCAAAACAAAGAGGGGGAUGAUGUACGCCCAACAACGGGCAGCAGCCACGCAUUCCUGCAAGAGCCAGGGCGCACUAAGCACACACACAAGAGAGAGUCAUUUAGAAGAAUACUUCAGAGAAAGCCCGCUCAUGUGGGCGGCGCACAAUCAUGUGCGAAGCAAAGCCCAUUACAGCAGUGA